AAACUAUCCGAUGAUCUGAAAGUCCUCCAGGAUACACCCGGAUUGACAGAACUGGAGGUGGGAGCAAAACACUGCGGCCAAUGGGUGAGCCCAGAUGCUCAGACCGAGCUCACUGGCCGUGUCUCUGCUCUCUCCAGCUUCUGCGAAUCAUCCCUACGCCAGCUCAGUGAUAGACAGAGUGCUAUCGCGUCUCGCCUUUCCAGUUGGCAGUCCUGGUGCCAGCUGGCAGAGGACUUGGACAGGGAACUGCAUCAGCUCUCGUCAGACUUGUCCGCGGCCUUGGAAACCGGGGUCAGUGGACCCGAGGCUCUGGCCUCACAGCAGCUGAAGAAGAAACGUGUGCAGUUUGAGAGGCUUCAGGCUCUACAGGAAAAAUUGGUCACCUUGAAACCUCAGUUCACGGAACUCAAACGUCUGAAGAGCUCUAAGGAUGCUGCCGUCAUUGACUUGGGUUUGCGGAAUCGCUCAAUCGAACUGGUUGCGUCCUACGCCAAGUUGGAGACUGACAUCAAGGUUUGUUCAUUGAAAGUUUCAUUUGUAGGUCUCUUUUGA